CUCAUUUAUUGAUUUAUUCCUUGAUAUCUUUCCGGCAGUCGUUCCUCACGCCGUCAUUACUGAUACGUUGUAAAAUCUCAGCCAGCCAUUGAUUGCUCAGAGGUUUCAGGCCCCAAGGCUGUCGCGUUUAUACUGCUGCAGCCAAUAACAGGUACGUCUUUUUAGUACACUGGGUUCUCUCCCGAGCAUCCCUUUGUUCUGCUUCCGAGUCGUUUGACGUUCGCAUUUUGUCCACCUUCCACCUCGUACGACCACCAUACACAGCGAAAUGUCCCAGAAACCACGGGACUCCGGAGUGCCCGGGUUUCCCAGCCUUUUCCCGGCCAAGGAGGAGCCCGAGUCGCCGUUCUAUACCAUGCUGCGGUCAGCGCCUCCAGACUACCUUGCGCAGCGCCCCGAGCCAGUCGAGUUACCGCCUGCCUUUCCAAAGUAUUACUUCUUCUACGGAACUCUUACCGCCCCGGCCCAGGUGAAAAAAAUUCUUGAUCUGCCAGAGGAGCCGCAACUUCGCGCGGCGGAGAUAUUUGGUUAUACCCUUGCGAAAUGGGGUGAUUAUCCUGCCCUGAUCAAUGGGAACCAAGGGGAUGUGGUGAAAGGGUUUGCGUAUCUUGUGCAAUCAGAAGAGGAGGCCCAAAAGCUGUCGUAUUACGAGACGAAUGCCUACGAAGUCGCACCGUGUUGGAUUUCCUUCAAGGACGAGAAAGAGCCGAAGGAGGCCAGUGGCAAGGUUUUCAUGUACGCGGGUGAUGCGCAGGCUCUGUUGGAGCAGCGAUUCGACCGGAAACUCUGGAAUCGGCAGAUGGCAGGGAAAUUGGGGUGAUAGCCUCCUGGCGCGAUUUGAAGUUGCGGGUCUCUUUUUCUUUCCUUCUUUUUUCCUACUUUCUUUCUUCUUGCUUUUCCUUCUGUCCUUCGUUCUUUGUUUGUCUUUCUAUUAUUUUUGUGAAUGAAACGAUUGUAGACAUGUUAGUUUCACAUCGCCUGCUCUGUGCUGAUCGCAUUGACGAAAUUGGUAAGAGCUCUUACGGCGAGAUGUUAUUCAACUUGAUCUGCGGGAUACUACCUAUUAAACAGCAAAGUUUAUUAUUCGCCAGUAAUGCUG